AUGGUUAAAAGAACGGCGUUGGUUAGCGUAUCUAACAAGGAAGAGGUGGUAACUGUGUGUAAGAAAUUAGACCAAGCGGGUUGGAAUAUCUUAUCUACAGGUGGAACGUAUAAAUUGCUAUUGGAUGCUCAAGUCUCUGUUACGAAAAUAUCAGAUGUGACGUGUUUCCCAGAGAUUCUAGACGGGCGAGUUAAAACAUUGCACCCAAAGAUUCACGGAGGUAUUUUAGCUCGUGAUACAACUGCCCACAAGGAAGAGCUUACGAAGCAUAGCAUCGGAUUGAUCGAUUUGGUAAUUUGCAACUUGUAUCCAUUUGCGGAGACUGUGAAAAGCGGAAAUGUGAAAUGGGAGAAGGCAAUUGAAGAGAUUGACAUAGGCGGAGUGACCUUGCUGCGCGCUGCAGCUAAGAACUUUGAGAGAGUUAGCGUAUGGUGUGAUGUAAAUGACUAUGAAAGGGUGGAAGACUUAAUACAAGACAAGGUCACUUUAAAGGAUCGUUUCGAAUGGGCUCAGAAGGUGUUCAAACACACGUCAAACUACGACACAGAAAUUUUCAAAUAUCUUAGCGGGAUAACUGUUGAUCAAAGAGAUGAUUCAGGUUCAUUAAAGGGUGGAGAAAUUGGGUCUUUUAAUGAAUCAAAAGAUACAAAGACGGAGAAUGAAUUACUGCUUGACUCGAAUAACGCUGUAGACAAGGCCUUUGAAUUUACGGAAAAUAUCUCAAUUUCGCUUACUAAACCUUUUCGCUUGCGCUAUGGCGAAAACCCGCACCAAUCAGCCUGUUAUUACCGAUAUGAAAAUUCAGAUUUUUGGAAUCACCGAGUUCUCUCCGGAAAAGAAUUAUCCUACAACAACAUUCUAGAUAUGAAUGCGGCACUUGACGUUGUCUCGGAGUUUUCCAUUCCUGCUGUUUCAGUGAUAAAGCACCUUACUCCUUGUGGUAUCGCAGCUUCAGAAGACAUUACUGAAGCCCUAGAUCUGGCUUUGAAAAGUGAUCCUAUUUCUAGCUUCGGAUCUAUUAUCGCCGUGAAUCGCCCAGUUUCUCUUUCGUUCGUCAACAUGCUCAAUAACUUGUUCCUCGAAGCAUUAGUCCUUCCAUCCAUCGAACAGGAUGCUUUGGAAUAUCUGAAGCAAAAAAAGAAGAACUGUCGAAUUAUCGAGUAUGAACCGAUUCAAUCUCCCAAAUUUUCCAAUUUGUGUAUGCGUUCCGUUCUCGGAGGCUUCCUGGUACAGACUCUAGACAGGUCCUGUAACACCUCUAAAGACUGGACUAUCGUCACGAAAGCCAAGCCAGACCCGGAACUCCUUACUGAUAUGGAAUUCUCUUGGAAAUGCGUCAAGCACGUCAAAUCGAACGCUAUCGUAUUAACUCAGAAAAACGCCACUGUGGGAAUUGGCUGUGGUCAACCAAACCGACUGAACAGCGUGCAGCUUGCCAUCCAACAAGCAGGCGCAAAAGUCACAGGGUCUAUUUGUAGCUCAGAUGCCUUUUUCCCUUUCUCUGAUUGCGUCGAGUUACUGGCUAAAAAUGGUAUCAGGGCCAUCAUACAGCCUGGCGGAUCUAUCCGGGAUCAGCAAUCCAUCGAUUGCGCCGAUCAAUAUGGAAUAGUUAUGGCUUUUACCGGUGAAAGGCAUUUCAAGCACUGAAUAAAAUUUUUUUAGUAAAUUUAUUUUUUCUU